CACCUCUCACAGUAUCACACACAACACUUCUUCCUCGUCCUCAAAGUGAGAGAGAUAUGGGUAAGUCUUUGCAUGUCAGGAAGAAGAGGAAUCUCUUGAGAAUUCCAUGAGAAACGGACAGACCUUAUAAAGCAGCUUCCAAAAGGAACUGGCAAAUCUUCAAGGCUUCUAUGAAAGCCAUCCUGAAGCCUUGUUCUAUCCUAUGACGAUCGAAAGACACUGCAUUUCACAUUGCGCAUCGCAGGGAGACACAAAUCUGAUUCGAGAAUUGCUUGGAAUGAUCGGCGAGCCCUCCAAGAUACGUGAGGUCUUGACGCAAUUAACGGACGAGCAUGGAAACACUGUACUGCACGAAGUGGCGGCCAUUGGCAUGUUAGAGCACAGCUUUUAUGGUGAGCAAACUCCGGGAGUCUUGUGAGGGGACCGGGAACUGGAACAUCACUCAAGGUUAAAAACAAAUUAGGUGAGACCCGCUGUAUAGGGCUGCUGCACUUGGCAACAAGAAGGCGCAAUAUUUGGCCAGUGAAAUUAAAAAGUUGGUGGCAAUAUUCGUGGUCACUUCUACAGAUUGAUCAGAUAACUAUCCUUCAUUUGCUGUCUUGGGCCAACACUUUGAAACCGCUUUUUGGUUACUGAAAAAGGCCAGGGAGCUUGGACAAGCUAAGGAAAUGAAUGGCCUGACAUGUCUUCACCUACUAGCUUUAAUGCCGUCUGCUUUCCCGAGCACCAGCCGAAUGGGCAGAUUAAAGAAAUUCAUCUAUUCUUGCCUUCCAAGUAUCCCAGAAGAUGAAGAUGACGAGGAUGAAGAUGAACUUGGAUCAAAGAACCAAAUAGCAAUUUCAAGGAUGUUUACUGCCAUUUGGAAAAGAAUCACUGAAGGCUUGGAAUGGCCAAAAAUGGAGGAAAUUUGGAAGGAAAAGCGAAAUCAUGCAUUUUCUAAAAGACUGGUCAAGUUGCUGGUGACGCAAGAUGUUUCAUGGAAUGCUAGUUUCCUAGCACAAGACAUCACGAUUUCCAUUGGAUUAGGCCAAGGAAGGAAAGCCGAAGGCACCAGUGAAGUUAUCCCUUUAGAUAAGACGCUUUCAUCUCCUGAAACUCCUCUAAUCAUGGCAGCUCGCACAGGAAUAAAAGAGAUUGUCUAUGAAAUACUCAAAGAAUAUCCUGAGGCUGUCGAUCACGUUAGUGAAAAUGAACAAAACAUAUUACAUGUAGCAAUCAUGCACCGUAAUGAGAAAAUCUUCAACCUUAUACAGAAAAAGGUAAUAAAUCUACACAGGUUUGCUUCAAAAAUUGACCAUAAUGGCUACACCAUAUUGCACCAUGUUGCAGAUAUGACAUAUUAUCAUGCAACCCGCCCUGGUCCUGCCUUUCAAUUGCAAGAGGAAUUGGAAUGGUCCAAGCGUGUGAAAGAAAUAAUGCCUAAUCAUUAUGAUAUUCACCGCAACAAGAACAACAUGACGGCGGAAAAGCUCUUUGAAGAAAAACACAAAGAAAAACUAAAUGACGCAAAGAAAUGGGUAAAGAAAGUCGCCAGCUCAUGCUCUGUUGUUGCGGUUCUCGUCGCCUCUGUUGUUUUUGCGGCUGCUUACACGGUUCCUGGAGGUACUAAUAAGCGAGGACUUCCAAAUUUUCUCGACUCUUCUCUCUUCUUAGUGUUCACUAUCAUGGACGUGAUCUCUUUAGCCAGCUCUUUCACUUCGCUAGUGAUGUUCCUCUCAAUCCUGACCUCCCCUCUCAAGAUGAAAGAUUUCCGUGUCACUCUUCCUCAGAUACUGACCAUUGGCUUCACCUUCCUCUUUAUUUCCGUGAUAACAACUAUGAUUACUUUCGCAGUCUCCCUUUUCCUUAUCCUUCGUCAUAUGGACAAGCGAUGGACUUUAAGUCUCGUUUUCAUAUCUUCUUUGAUUCCGGUGCUGGUAUUUGCAGCGAUGCAUUUUCGUUUGUAUGCCCAGUUUAUGGAAACUCUGAAAGAAAACUUCAAGGAAAAUGUUUUAAAGAAUCUUUACCGGAAGAAGAAUAAGAAGACGAAUUGAGAUAUGUUUGGGAGCUACAGCUAAAAUCCUAUGUAUCUUUCUAUUAUUUUUUGUUUAAUAAUGUGUUUGUGUAAAAGUUUGUUAUACAAUGAUGUGGCUGGAUUUGAUGAAUUGGUGUGAUUAAUAAGAAACUUUUAUAAUAUAUAUUGAGUAAA